AGACAACUAGCAAUGGCCGAUACAAUAAUAAUAAAAUCCAGCGAUCUGAUACACGUUAUACCGUUAGUGCUGCUAGUGUUCCUGCUGCGAGCCCUAAUCCUGAAAUGGAUCCUGCACAUCGUCGAGCUCUACCCGAAGGCUAGCUUCCUCAAACCGGACCCCAACAGCAAGCACCCGCACCUGGAGACCGCCUACGCCAAGUCCAAGACCUGGAACCGGCGCCGGCUGGUCGAGCUCGCCGAGCUCACCGGCCUGCCCCAGGACGACGUCGCCGAAUGGCUGAAGCGCCGCCGCCGCGACGACGACGACCUGCUCAAGACCUUCGGCGAGAACGUCUGCCAGUACACCUACUACACGCUGAUGUUCUCGUUCGGCGUGGCCAUCUUGAGCGACAAGCCGUGGCCGUGGGACGCGCGCGAAUGCUGGCGCGACCACCGCGACCGGCGCAUCGGCAAGGAGUUCUGGUGGUACUACAUGAUACCGCAGGCGUACUACUACGCCAACCUGGUGAUACACGCGACGGAGCCGCGGCGCGGCCGCUUCGCCUUCGUCUGCGUGCACCACGCCGUGUCGGCGGCGCUGCUCACGCUGUCGUGGAUCUACGGGUUCGUGCGCGCCGGCUCGGUGGUGAUGGUGAUCCACGACAGCGCCAGCGUGUUCCUCGAGGCCUCGAAGGUGGCGUUCACGCUGAAGAAGGACAUGGCGCACGCGCUCGCCUUCGUCGUCUUCACCGUCGUGUGGAUGGUGACCAGGAUGGCGUUGUUUCCGUUGUGGGCGCUGAGGAACUUCGUCGACGGGCCGCGGGAGGUGAUGUUCCAGGAUGCGGGGGGGUACGCGAUGGCCGGGCUGUUGGCCGUGUUGUUCGGCCUGCAUUGCUUCUCGACCUACAUGAUUUUUAAGAUCUUCUACAACGCCGGGAAGGUGUCGAGGUCGAAGGAGCAUUUAUGAGAGGCGGACGAUCGGCGCGCGGUAUCUAGUAAGGACGAAAAUGUUGGGAGGAUGAUUCGAGACAAAUCGAUUGUUGUGUGAACUUUCAGGUGGAAUAAAUUUUAGGCAGUAUAA